GCCAUAUGCUCCCAUAUCCACUUCGGUCUCCCUCCUGGCCAUGGCUAUCGCCGUCGUCGUCGUCUUGCCCGCCGCCGUAGCAGCAGGCCGGCGAGACCGGUGCUCGACCCUCCCGCUCCCCAUCCCAGCCACGUUAGCCCUCCAUUCGCCCGCUCUUCUUCCUCUCCCUCUUCUCUGAUCUCCCGCCAAUCCCGCGCCUUGGUUGGUUCCCUCCCCGCAAGCCCGCCGCUGUUUCGCUGGACUCAUCGCCUCUUUUCUCGGUGCCCGCUCUAUCAUGUGCUGUGAAAUGAGGCCGGGGUUUGGGUUUGGGUUCGGGUCCGCGCGGCGCGGCAUCUGGAGGACCUGGCCCGCCCUCUGCUCACGGAACCAGCAGCGCUUCGCGUCGUCUCUUGACGUCAUGGCUGCCACAAUGCCGGCACCAAACCAAGCAAGGAAGAGGAGCAAGGUCAUCGUGAUAUCAGGACCCACCGGCGCUGGGAAGAGCAGGCUCGCCUUGGAGGUGGCCAGGAGGCUCGGGGGAGAGAUCAUCAGUGCCGACUCAGUCCAGGUGUACCGCAGCCUCGACGUCGGUUCCGCCAAGCCGUCUGCUUCGGAGAUGAGCAUGGUGCCGCACCACCUGAUCGACAUCAUGCACGCGUGCGAGGACUACUCGGCUGGGAUGUUCUUCAGUGACGCGCGAAGGGCGACUCAAGAUGUUCUUGGCAGGGGCGCUGUGCCAGUUGUCGCAGGAGGGACUGGGCUGUACCUGCGGUGGUUUAUCUACGGCAAGCCAAAUGUUCCACAAUCGUCCUCCGACAUCAUAUCGAGUGUGUGGUCUGAGCUUGCUGGCUUUCGUGAGAGCGGUCGGUGGGAAGAAGCGGUGGAGCUCCUGCUCAAGGCCGGGGACUCUGAAGCUCGGGACUUAGAUACGAAUAACUGGGCCAGGUUAAGCAGAAGGCUCGAGAUCAUCAGGUCAUCAGGUUCCCCUGCAUCUGCCUUCACCUUACCAUACAGCUCAUUCCAGAAGCAGCAAGACACCAAGCUAACUGAUUCCCCAAGCGAUGAUGCAACCUGUGAAACGAAGGAACUGGAUUAUGACUUCCUAUGUUUUUUCCUCGCAUGUCCACGGGUUGAACUCUACAGAUCAAUUGAUUUGAGGUGUGAGGAAAUGCUGGUUGACACAGGAGGCCUUCUUUCAGAAGCCUCAUGGCUUCUUGAUAUCGGGCUGCAGCCAAAUAUGAACUCCGCGACCCGUGCUAUUGGUUACAGGCAAACCAUGGAGUACCUGCUGCAUUGCAGACAAAACGGAGGCAGUAGCUCCCCAGAGGAGUUCUUGGAGUUCCUAACCAAGUUUCAGCAGACUUCUAGGAACUUCUCAAGGAGGCAAAUGACCUGGUUCCGCAACGAGAAGAUUUACCAGUGGGUUGACGCGUCACAGCCUUUUGAAGAAAUAGUGCAAUUCAUCUGUGAUGCUUACAAUGGCUCUGAUGCAUUGGUGCUGCCUGAAUCUCUUGAAAUGAAAAGGGAAAGCUGCCUGCACACGAGCAAGGAUCUCAAAACCUAUCGUUCAGAGAACAGGGUGUUCCUUGGGCAUGAAGACUGUCGACACAUUUUGGAUUGGAUUAGGAGGACGCAGGGGAAGUGAGGUCUAGUUCUUGUCACUUCUCAUACUUUGUUUUGUUUCCACCAGAAAAUUUAUCCGGCUAUAGAAUUUUGCUUUUUGAGAGAUUACCACAGGAGUUUUCGGUUCAUUUUUGUCCUGUUUUCAUCAUAGAUUCAUCAUAUAAAAAAGGUGUUUUCUUCA